UCAGUGCUUUGGAGGCCACAGAGCAACCUCUAGAAUAGACGAACGACUCGACGCGUAGACGACGGGACGAAAUCAUAAAACGCGAACCGUACAGUGUGUGUUGUGAAGUGAAGUGAAAGCAUUUUCAAAAAGCUUCACACCCCUUACAAGAAGGCCGGGUUAAUGUCAGGAUUAUCGGGAUAAAAUAAACAUAAAGGCAUGGGAGUGGCGGAGGAUUUCGCUCCCAGCUUCACUCAAAAGCCGCAACUCAGGCAAGAAGAUGACGGUAACAAACUUAUUUUCGAAUGCCAGUUACUUUCUUCACCGAAACCGGACAUAGAAUGGUUUCGCAGCGACACACUUUUGUCCGAAGAUGCAAGAACAGUGUUCAAAAUCCAAUCCAUUGGCACUAACAAGUUCUUGGUUGUUCUUGAGUUAGAUGAUGUCGUCGAAACUGACGCUGGCCUGUAUAAGGUCAAAGCGAAGAACAAAAUGGGAGAAGUUGCUGCUUCCAUCAAUCUCAACUUCAGCCCUAUGGACGAACCGAAAGAAAAACAAAUCGACGGUCUCGCACCAACUUUCGCUAAGAAACCAGCGAUUAGACAAGAAGAAGACGGCAAACGACUCCUCUUUGAAUGUCGAAUACAGGCAGAUCCACGUCCUGUCGUCAAUUGGUUCCACAAUACCAAACCUGUCAAGGAGUCACCACGCCACAAGUUGAGGAUAGAAAAAGAUGGCCACUCGUACUUUGCAACACUUGAAAUAGAAAAUGUCACGGUUGAGGAUGCUGGCAAAUAUAAGGUGACUGCAAAGAACGAGUUGGGAGAGAGUAAUGCAACCAUCAGUCUUAACUUUGACAGUGGGGACAAUGCUGCCGGUUUUGCGCCCUCUUUCAUCGAGAAACCUAAAAUUAUCCCCAAUGAAAGCGGGACCUUAAUUACUAUGAAAUGCAAAUGUAAAGCGAAACCCAAGCCAGACGUUACGUGGUUCCGUGGAACCACAGUUGUUAAAGAGUCAUCUAAAAUUAAAAUUAAUGUCGUUGAUGUCGAAGAAGAUAUAUACGAAUUAUUCCUCGAAAUUAAGGAUCCCUCCGGACCCGACGGUGGUACCUACAGGUGCCAUGUCAAAAACGAAUUCGGCGAAAGUAACGCCAAUCUUAAUCUCAAUAUUGAAGCUGAACCGGAACCCGAAGGAGACGGACCAACUUUUGUCGAAAAGCCACGUAUCACGUCCCAUCAAGGAGGAAAGCUUGUCAUUAUGGAAUGUAAAGUCCGCGCUAACCCCAAACCCACCAUUAUUUGGUACCGCGAAGGUAAACAAGUCACCGAAUCCAGCAAAAACAAAAUGACCUUCGAGAAAGUCGAGGAAGACGUUUACCUCAUCAAACUCGAACUCAAAGACCCCGGAACCGAAGAUUCCGGCCUGUACAAAUGCAACAUCAAAAACACCCUCGGGGAACUUAACGCCAAUCUCACCCUCAAUAUCGAAAUUAUCCCCGUGAUUAAGGAAAAGCCCAAAGUCAUUAAAAUCAUUAAAAAGAAGACGGUCAUUAUCGAGUGCAAAGUGCUCAGCAAAUUCGCCCCCGAUUGCACCUGGUUCAAGGAAGCCGAGGCGGUCAAAGAGGACGCCCGUCACUCGGUGCACGUUGAUCAAGUCAAAGAUGGCGAAUUCGCUAUCAAACUUGAAAUCAACGACGUUAGCAAAGUCGACAAAGGUAUGUAUAAGCUGGUUGCGAAGAACGAAAAGGGCGAGGCAACCUCCCAGCAAGUCGAAGUCACUGAGCUACCGCCAGAUGAGAAGCCCAAGGGCGAGAAACCGAAACUCACCAAGUUAACCAACGUGACCAUUGUCGAAGGACAAACUGCUGAUUUCAUCUCCUCGUUGAGAAUGGAAGACAAAACAGUCGUCAUCACUUGGUACAAGGGCAGUACCGUCAUCAAGGAUUCCAGCGAGUUCAAAAUUACCUUCGACGGAACCACCACACAUUUACGCAUCAUCAAGACCAAGACCACACACUCUUCGACCUACAGGGUCGUUGCCAAGAAUGAAUUUGGCGAAGACGAGACAUCUGCAGUGUUGACCGUCAAGCAAGAAGAUGAAGAGGAUAAAGAGGAGACUGAGGAAGAAUCUGAAGCUGAGAGUGUAGAAAGUAGCAGUGAAGAAAGUAUUUCUAUUCAGGAGGAAAAGAAAGAAGAGAAGAAGGAAGAAAAGAAGGUGGAGAAGAAGAAGGAAGAAGAAAAAAUCGAAAUCAAGGCUAAGAUCGAAGAGAAAAAGAAGGAAGAAGAGAAGAAAGUCAAUGAUGUUGGAAAGAAGGUCGAAAAGAAAGAGGAGACUAAAGUUGCUGAAAAGAAAGCUGAGAGACGUACUUCCGUGUCAAAGACUGAAACAAAGACAGAGUCACGCAGAAGUUCUGUGGUUAAAACUGAAGAAAAGAUUGUACAAGAUGGUGAAACUAAGACUGCCAGUCGUAGAUCUUCUGUUUCUAAAGAAGAAGAAUCUAAAUCUGAGUCUAGGCGCUCUUCUGUAACUGAAGACAAGAAAAAGAAGGUCGUCACUACCAAGAAAUUGGAAUCAACUCCUGAGGUGAAAACACCAACAACUCCUACAAAUAACAUUGAGGAAGCAUUUGAGUCCAAAAAACCAUCUGGCCUUGCUCCUAAAGAACCCGCGAAAAAGGUCGAGAGCAAGGUAACAGAGAAAACAGAAACAAAAACAUCACUUAAGACACCUGCCAAACCAGAACCAAAAGCACCCGAAAGCAAACCAACAACAAAGACAUUGGGUUCGACACCUGCAUCCAAAGAGCCCUCACCAGCUCCCGCAUCCAAACUCACAAGCAAACCGGUGUCAAAAGAACCCUCACCAGCAACCACACCCAAAACACUUUCGAAACCGGCAUCCAAAGAAUCCUCACCCACGCCCGCAUCUAAACCUGUUUCUAAAGAACCUUUAUCAAAGGUACCAGAAAGCACACUUAAAAAAGAGGAACCCAAACCAGCCGAGACUAAGACACUCGGGGUAGAACAACCCAAAAAGCUGGAAACUCCCAAACCAGGUCUUAAAACUCCAGAACUCAUUGUACCUGAGGAAAAGAAAUUCACUUCACCUCAAUUGAAAAAGGUUGAACUGAAGUCCAACGAGAAAGUGGAACUUAAGGAAGAAGCAAAAGUUAAGAAACGUAUCCCUCCAAAACAAGAAGUUAAAUCCGAAAAUAUUUUCAAUAUUCAAUUGAAACCGGUUACAAAAGAGGCGAAACAAGCUGAACAAGCUAAGCUUGAGGUUGAGUUGAAGAAAACUGAGGUAGACAAAGAGAAAAAGGGAGUGACAAAGGCCGGCAAGAAGGCCGAGAAGGCCGAUUACAAUGAAUGGGAGAACAUUCCCGACUACGAAAGGCCGGUGCUCGAGAAAUACGAACCAAACGCUCCGCCAGAAUAUGGUGGAAGAGAAAAGACGAAGUUGAGCAAGGACUAUCCGAAAGUCGAAGCGCCAGAGAAACCCGCACUGCCGCAAAUCAAAACGCCCGAGGCACCCAAGUUGGUGAUCGAAAAGGAAAAGACCCCCGAACCGAGGAAGAAGUCCUUGGAACCGGGCUCCGGUCCAACGAGCCGUCGCGGCUCCUUGAUCCCUCCGGAGGCUAUGGGACGUAGGGCCAGCAUUAUCAUAACUGAUGAGGAUCAUAGGAAACUGCGCCCCGGGGAAGUUUUGGACGAUAAAAAGCGUCGCCGUCCAAGUUCAGACGUCAGAAGGCCAAGUCUGGCAGAAAUGGAAGACCUCAUCAACAAACCGUCGACUCCACUCAAACCAUCCGGUCCCGAUGGCUCACCGCCACAAAUCACCGACGUCCAAGAAAGCUAUUCAGCCACUGAAGAUAAAACUGGCUACAUCACUGUGGGGGUUGAGGGUAACCCAGCCCCGAAGUUCAAGUUCUACAAGGGCAUGACCGAGAUCAUAGAAGGUGGUCGUUUCAAGUUCAUCACCGAUGGCGACACCAACUACAUCACCCUUUGCAUCCGCAAGUGUAAGCCCAACGAUGAAGGCCAAUACAGAAUCGUGGUGUCCAACAUCCACGGUGAAGACUCAGCUGAGGUGACUCUGUAUGUUGCUGGCUCCGGAGGUGUGGACUUCAGAUCCAUGUUGAUGAAGAGGAAGUACGCCGCCUGGGACAAGAACAAGGAAGAUCCAGACUGGGGUGAAUUGAAGGAGGUCGAGAAGCCGAUGGCUCAACUCAAGAAAGUUGAAAAGAAACAAGAAACGUUCUUGAAACCCCUUGUCGACCAGUUUGCGAAGGAAGGAAAAGACAAGAAAGUAGUAUUCGAUGCUGGAUUUUCCAAGCCCAACUGCAAGCCCAAAUGGCUGUUCCGCAAAGACGAACUCUUCCAAGGAGCCAAAUACAAAUUCAAAAACGAGAACGACAGUUACCAACUCAUCAUCAUGAACCCCAAGGUGGAGGACACAGGCAAAUACACGAUUGAAAUUGGCGGUGUCCACUGUACGGCCUUCCUCACAGUAGAUGAACCAGACCCGUCCUACACCUUCACCAAACCACUGAAGAAGAAGUACGACGGCUACACCAAACACGAACUCCAGAUGGAGUGUACGGUCAGCAGCAGCUUGGCCAUCGUCUCUUGGUUCAAGGGCGAGACAAAGAUCGUCGAAACGGACAACUACCAAAUCUCCAAGGACAUCAACGGCGUCUGCCGCCUCACCAUCAAGAGCGCCGACUUCGACGACGCAGGCGACUACAUGUGCAAACUGGAGAAACAACCCGACAAAACGGUCACCAAAGUAACCAUCGUCGAAUUCCCCUACAAGUUCGUCAAGGUGCUGAAACACCAGCAGCACGUAGAAAAAGAGAACAUCACGUUCGUUUGCGAACUGAACGACGCCGGUGGUGACGUGAAAUGGUUCAAGGGCGACCAAGAGAUCAAGGCCGACAAGAGGCUGGUCAUAAGCAAAGACGGAAGGAAACGUAAACUGGUGAUCAAAGAUGCCAAAGUUACGGACGCCGGAAUGUACAGGUGCGAGACCAACGCCGACAAGACCGAGGCCGAAUUGGUGGUGAACUACUUGAACAGAUUCAACAAGAAACUGAAAGACACCACGGCAGUGGAACGCGAAAAGCUCGUGCUGGACAUCGAGCUCCAGGAUCAAACCGCACCUGCCGAGUGGUUCUUUAAUGGAGAGAAAAUUGAGCCUUCCGACAGGAUUGAGAUCAAGAACUUGGGUGGUGGCAAACAUCAACUCAUCUUCAACAAGCUGGACAUGGCCGAUGAUGGUGAAAUUAAGUGCGUGUCUGGAAAGCUUGAAUCUGCUUGUAAAAUUUCUGUUAAGAAGGGUGAAAGUGUUCCCAAAAUUGACUUCCCUGAUUCAUUUGCUGCUCCAAUCAGCAAACCAAUUUCUCUUAUUGUACCAUACAAAAUCGAUGGUACUAGACAAACUCCAUUGGAAGCUAAGCUUAUCAAAGACGGUAAAGUAUUACCUAUCAAGGACGUAGAUGUGGUAAUUCAGGAUGAUAAGGUGGUAUUCAAAAUCAAGAAGCCAUCUAGAGAACAAUCAGGACCUUAUCAAAUUAAAUUGUCCAACGGACAAGGUGAGGAUGUUAAAGACUGUAACAUCACAAUGCAAGAUGUGCCAACCCCACCACAAGACGUCGAUGUCACUGAAGUCUUCCAAACCAACUGCAAGGUAUCUUGGAAGCCACCAAAAGAUGAUGGUGGUUCUCCAAUUAUGCACUACGUCGUAGAAAGACAAGAUCUCAGUCUUAAAGCCGGCUGGGACAACGUUGGCCAAGUAAGUGCUGGAGAGCCAACUGUUUUCAAAGUUGACGGUCUCACACCUAAAAAAGAAUACAAAUUUAGAAUUAGAGCAGUUAACAAACUUGGUACUAGCGAAGCUGCACUGUUUGGUAAACCAGUGUUGGCUAAAGAUCCUUGGGAUGAACCAAGCAAACCCAAGGACGUACAGGUUGUGGACUGGGACAAAGAUCACGCCGACCUCACCUGGCAACCUCCAGAUAGUGAUGGUGGUGCUCCAAUCACUGGUUACGUGAUUGAGUACAAAGAAAAGUUUGCUAAAGACUGGGUUAAAGGUAUUGAGGUACCCGCCGACCAACUUAAGGGAACCUGCCCGAAACUAAAGGAAAACUCCACCUACGAAUUCAGGGUUCGUGCUAUCAACAAAGCCGGACCUGGUGAACCCAGCGAUGCCACCAAACCAAUUAUUGCCAAGUGCAGAUUCGUAAAGCCUUUCAUUAUUGGUAAUGACUUAGUAAGUAUUAUCAUCAAGAAAGGACAAGUUGUCAAAUACGACAUCAAAUACGGCGGUGAACCAGAACCAGAAGUGCAAUGGUUCUUGGACAAGAAAGAAAUUAAACCCGACCUGGAAGAAAGAGUCACCAUUGACAGAUAUGAAAGAAACACCAUCAUUACGGUGCGUAGAUGUACCAGAGCCGACAGUGGCAAAUACAGAUUGGUCCUGACCAACAGCUCAGGUACCUGCGAAGGUAUUGGUGAUGUAAUUGUCUUAGACAAACCUACACCACCAACCGCCAUGAAGGUCGAAGAAAUUCGCGCCGACCACGUCACCAUUAAGUGGCAGAAACCGGAAGACUUGGGCGGUACCGACCUUACCGGAUACGUCCUCGAAAAAAUGGACAUGGACACUGGUAGAUGGAUUCCAGCUGGCGAAGUCGGACCAGAAGACAACAACUUCACCUUCAAGAACUUGACACCAAAGAAAAAGUACAAGUUCAGAGUACGUGCCAAGAACAAGGAGGGAGAGUCCGAUCCUCUUGAAACAACCGACGCUAUCGUCGCCAAGAAUCCCUACGAUGAACCCGGUGCGCCCAGCAAACCGAUUAUCGAUGACUGGGACAACAAGAGUGCCUUGCUUAAAUGGGAGAAGCCCGAGAAUGAUGGCGGUCGUCCCAUUACUCAUUACACCAUUGAAAUGAAGGACAAAUUCUCACCUGAUUGGGUCGAAGUAGCUAAAACUGACGGUCCCGAACCCACAGGAAAAGUUGAAGGUCUUAAAGAAAACAUGGUUUAUCAGUUCCGCGUACGCGCUCAUAAUAAAGCAGGACCUGGUGUUCCAUCAGAAGCUACCGAUAACCAUCUCUGCAAACAUAGGAACUUGAAACCACGUAUUGACAGGGAAACAUUUAAAUCUGUCACAAUUAAAGCUGGUCGUACACACAAAUGGUCUGUGGACAUCAGCGGUGAACCUCCACCGACCAUUAAAUGGGUAUGGAGGGACAACAUUCCUUUGACAAACACUGAACGUAUCAACAUAGAAAACGUUGACUACCACACUACAUUCAUAAUCACAAAUUGUGAGCGUAAAGACACUGGUAAAUACACCCUCAUUGCUGAGAACGUCAACGGUAAAGACACUGAAACUGUCGAGCUCACCGUUCUCAGCAAACCAGGUUCACCAAAGGGACCUCUGGAAGUAACCGAUGUAACAUCAACCAAAGCGAAGGUUCACUUCAAGAAACCAGACGACGACGGUGGUAGUCCAAUCAAAGAAUAUGAAAUCGAAAAAAUGGACACUGCCACUGGCAAAUGGGUACGUGUUGGACGUGUACCUGGAGACAAAAUUGGUCCAGAUGGAAAGGGAGAAUUCGAAGUAACCGGAUUAGUCCCUGGUUCAGAAUACAAAUUCCGUGUAACAGCUGUAAACAACGAAGGAGAUUCUGAGCCACUUGUUUCUGAGAAACCGACUCUGGCUAAGGAUCCAUUCGAUGCUGCUGGCAAGCCCGGCACACCAGAGAUUACCGACUACGACAACAAAGGUGUCAACCUUAAAUGGACUCCACCCAAGAGUGAUGGUGGAGCACCGAUUGAAAAAUACAUUAUCGAAAAGAAAGACAAAUUUAAGCCCGAUUGGGAGAAAGCUACUGAAGUACCUGGAGAUCAAUUGGAAGCUCGCGUCGAGGACCUUAAAGAACGUGGAGAGUAUCAAUUCCGCGUCAUUGCCGUCAACAAAGCUGGUCCUGGCGAGCCUUCAGAUGCAUCUCAAAUGCAAAUCAUCAAACAUAGAGCUCUUAAGCCUAGGAUUGACAGAACCAACCUUAAACCAAUUACUGUACGUGCUGGAAAGCAAAUCAAAUACGAUGUGGACGUUAGAGGUGAACCACCACCGACCAUCACCUGGUUCCACGUCGACACUGAAGUUAAAUCUGAAGGCAACAUUGAAAUCAUCAACGUAGAUUACAACACCAAGAUCACCAUUUCCAACUCUGUUCGUAAGAACACUGGUGUUUACAGAAUUAAAGCUGUAAACGAACACGGUUCAGAUGAGGCAGAAGUAGAAGUCACUGUACUCUCAUCUCCUGGUAAGCCUAAAGGUCCUCUCAAGGCCACAGACGUCACCAAGAGCGGAUGCAAACUCAAGUGGCAGAAACCAGACGACGAUGGUGGCAAACCAAUUACUGGUUACGUAGUAGAAAAGUUAGACAAACAAACUGGUCGCUGGGUACCAGUUGGCAGAACCAGCGGCAAUGAUACUGAAAUGGACGUGAAAGGCUUACAAGAAGGUCACGAGUACGACUUCAGAGUUAAAGCCGUUAACGAUGAAGGUGAAUCGGAACCUUUGGAAACUGACGGUUCCAUCCUUGCCAAAAACCCAUACGACAUUCCUGGCAAACCUGGAACACCAGAAAUUGUCGACUGGGACUCCGAUCGCGUCGACCUUAAAUGGACCGCACCAAAGAGCACCGGAGGCGCACCAAUUACCGGAUACGUCAUUGAAAAGAAAGAGAAGUUCUCAACCACUUGGGAUGAAAUUCUUACUACCGACAGUCCUGACUGUGAUGCUCGCGUUCCUGGACUUAAAGAAGGUAACACUUACCAAUUCCGUGUUCGAGCCAUCAACAAGGCUGGACCUGGAGAACCAUCCGAACCAACUGGACAACAUGUUGCCAAACCAAGACACAUGCGUCCACUUAUUAACCGUGACAAACUGCACACUGUUAAAGUUCGUGCUGGUCAAAUAGUCAGAUACGACGUCGAUGUCAAGGGUGAACCCCCACCGACUAUUACUUGGAGCUUUGCUCACAAACCCUUGGAAAAUGGUCCCAACACCAAAAUCGAAAACGAGGACUAUAACACCAAACUCACACUUUCAAACACCUCCAGAAAAGACACUGGUACUUACACCAUCAGAGCCGAGAACGAAUCCGGCUUUGAUGAAGCUCCAGUUGAAGUCAUCAUUUUGGACAAACCAGGCAAACCUGAAGGUCCACUUGAAAUUAGUGACGUGCACAAAGAAGGUUGCAAAGUUAAAUGGAACAAACCUAAAGACGACGGUGGCCUUCCAAUCACCGGUUACACAAUUGAAAAACAAGAUCCAACCACCGGCAGAUGGGUACCAGCUGGUUUCGUAGACGCAGACAAAACUGAUGCCGAAAUCACCGGUUUAGAACCAAACAAAAAGUAUAACUUCAGAGUCAAGGCCGUGAAUGAAGAAGGAGAAUCUGAACCACUCGAAUCCGAUGGUUCUAUUCUCGCCAAGAAUCCAUACGACGUAUCAGCUCCACCCGGUCUUCCAGAGAUCGUGGACUGGGACGAACACUCCGUUAAGCUUAAGUGGGAUCCUCCAGUACGCGAUGGUGGCGCACCAAUCACUGGAUAUAUUAUUGAAGCCAUGGACAAAUUCGGCGGUCAAUUCGUCAAAGUCGCCGAAGUUGGUCCUCAAUGCAAUGGCACCGUACCAAAACUCGAGGAAGGAAACCAAUACAAAUUUAGAGUACGCGCUGUUAACAAGGCCGGUCCUAGUGAGCCCUCUGAACAAACUAACUGGCACACUGCCAAAGCCAGGUUCUUAAAACCACUUAUCGACAGAACCAACUUGGGUCCACAAAGUAUCAAGGCUGGACUUUCUAUCAGCUUGGAUGUGAACAUUGCUGGUGAACCUCCACCGAAAGUUACUUGGUUCUUCAAUGGCAAAGAAUUGGAAUCAAACGAUAUUACUCGUAUCGACAAUGUAGAUUACAAUACCAAAUUCUUUGUCCUCCGUUCCACCAGAGAACAAUCUGGCAAAUACACCAUCGUUGCCAAGAACGAGGUCGGUGAAGACACGGCUGAUGUUGAAAUUUCCGUUCUUGGCAAACCAGGUUCUCCAAAAGGACCUCUCGAAGUAUCCGAUGUUACCAAACAUGGAUGCAAACUUAAAUGGAAGAAACCAGACGACGAUGGUGGUACUCCUAUUGACCACUACGAAAUUGAGAAGCUUGAUCCACUUUCCGGACAAUGGAUACCGUGCGGAAGAAGCACUGAGCCAGAAGCAAAUAUCACUGGCUUGCAAGAAGGCAAACCCUACAAAUUCAGGGUCAGAGCCGUCAAUAAGGAAGGAGAAUCUGAACCACUUGAGACAGAAAAAUCCAUCAUCGCCAAAAAUCCAUUCGAUGAGCCCAGUAAACCAGGCCGCCCAGAACCUAAGGACUGGGACAAGGACUUCGUUGAACUUGCCUGGGCGCCACCCAAAUCUGACGGAGGUGCACCAAUUGAGAAGUACAUCAUCCAAAUGCACGACAAAGCUGGUCGUGGAUGGGUUGAUGCUGCUACCAUUCCCGGGGACAGAAACACUGGAAGAGUUGAAAAUGUUGAAGAGGGUCACGAAUACGAGUUCCGCAUUGUGGCGGUUAAUAAAGCUGGUCCUAGCGAACCUAGUGAUCCAUCUAAACCUGUCAUUGCUAAACCAAGAUUCUUGGCACCAAAGAUUGAUCGCAAGAACCUGACCAAGAAGGUGUUACGUACUGGACAAUUGCUUCGUCUUGAAGCUGAUGUGAAGGGUGAACCCGCCCCAACUGUGACAUGGACUCUUAAAGAGCAAACUCUCAGAAAUACUGAUAGACUCAAAAUCGAAAAUGAAGACUAUCACACUUCCUUCAUUUUGCAAAAAGUACAACGUAGUGACACUGGUGUGUACACUGUUACAGCUAGAAACGACUCUGGUGUGGAUACCGUUGACGUAGAAAUCCAAGUCAUCAGCAAACCUUCUAAACCAAAGGGUCCACUUAAAGUAUCCGACGUCACCGCUGAAGGAUGCAAACUCAAAUGGGAAGCUCCUGAAGAUGAUGGUGGCGAACCAAUCAAGGAAUACGUUGUUGAACGUAUGGAUGUUGAAACUGGAAGAUGGGUUCCAGUCACAACAACCAAAACACCUGAAGCCGAUGUCACUGGCUUGACUGAAGGAAAAGACUAUCAAUUCCGUGUCAAGGCUGUUAACUCAGAAGGUGAAUCUGAACCUUUGGUGACUGAUGUACCAACCACAGCCAAGAAUCCCUACACCGAACCAGACACUCCCGGAAAACCAGAAGUCAAGGACUGGUCUAAGAACCACGCUGACCUUAAAUGGACUCCACCCAAAAACGACGGUGGCGCACCAGUCGAAAAAUACAUUAUCGAAAAGAAAGACCCAGUUACUGGCAAGUGGCAAAAGGCUUGCGAAGUACCUGGUAACAAAACUGACGCUAGAGUGCCCGAUUUGCAAGAAGGACAACCCUACCAGUUCAGAGUAAAAGCAGUAAACAAAGGAGGUGAAAGUAAACCUUCUGUUGCAUCUGACACAAUCAUUGCCAAGGACAGAUUUGUACCACCAAAGAUUGACAGAACCAACCUUAAAGACAUCACUGUUAAAGCCGGUCAACACAUUAGGUUGGACGUUAAAGUUUCUGGUGAACCACCACCGACCAAGAGUUGGUUCCUCAACAAAGCUCGCAUUGAGAACCGCGACGAUAUUAAUAUAGAUUUGGAGGACUACAGAACCAAGUUCGUCAUUCCAAUUGCCCAAAGAGGACACACUGGUACUCUCGUACUGAAAGCUGAAAACACUUCAGGAAAAGAUGAAGCCAGCAUUGAAAUUAAGGUACUGGACAAACCAGGUAAACCUGAAGGUCCACUUAAGAUCAGUGACGUCCACAAGGAGGGAUGUUCUCUGAAAUGGAAUCCACCACAGGACGAUGGUGGUGUACCAUUGGACUACUACCAAGUUGAAAAACUCGACACAGCCACCGGCCGUUGGGUACCAGCUGGUCGUUCCAAAGAACCUAAAAUUGACCUCAACAACUUAGAACCAGGACAGGAGUACAAAUUCCGUGUCUCCGCCGUAAAUGCUGAAGGUGAAUCCGAACCACUGGAAGCUGAACAAACCAUCAUCGCCAAGAAUCCAUUCGAUGAACCUGGUGCGCCUGGUACACCUGAAGUAACAGAUUGGGACAAGGACCAUGUUGAUCUUAGAUGGACUCCACCAACUAAUGAUGGUGGAUCUCCAAUCACCGGAUACGUUAUUGAAAAGAGGGAGAAAGGAUCACCUAAAUGGAUCAAGGCUGGAGAAACUGGCCCACACGAAACAAAAGGCACAGUCGACAACUUGGACGAAGGUGUCGAGUACGAAUUCAGAGUACGCGCUGUUAAUGCUGCAGGACCCGGCGAACCAAGCCAAGCUUCGAAAUCGGUUAUUACCAAACCCAGAAAAUUGGCUCCCAAGAUCGAUCGUCGUAACCUCCACAGCAUUACAGUUAAGGAAGGCGAACCAAUUUACAUUGACGUUAAAGUCAGUGGUGAGCCUGCUCCCGAUGUAACAUGGUACCAAGAAGGCAAGACAUUGAUUCCCACCGGACACAAGCGUAUUGAUAACAUUCCAUACAACUCCAAGUUCUUCAACGACAAACCCGAAAGAAAGGACACUGGAGUUUACAAAAUCCAAGCCGUCAACAAGUACGGUCAGGAUAGCGCUGAAAUUGAAAUCACUGUUGUUUCUAAACCAGGACAACCAGAAGGUCCAUUGGAAGUAUCUGACAUUCACAAGGAUGGAUGCACCCUUAAAUGGAAAAGACCUAAAGAUGAUGGUGGUGAACCAAUUGAAAAUUACGUUGUUGAGAAAUUCGACCCAGAGACUGGUAUUUGGUUACCUGUAGGCAAAACUACUGGUUCCGUACCGGAAAUGAAAGUAGACGGACUUAUCCCCGGACAUGAAUACAAAUUCAGAGUUAAGGCUGUAAACAAGGAGGGUGAAUCUGAACCUCUUGAAACUGCUGGAUUGAUUACAGCUAAAGAUCCAUUCACAAAUCCAAACAGGCCUGGAACUCCAGAACCAACAGAUUGGAGCGCAAAUCACGUCGAGCUCAAGUGGACCGAACCAAUCUCCGAUGGUGGCUCUCCAAUCACUGGCUACAUAAUCGAAAUGAAAGAUAAAUACAGCCCAUUGUGGGAGAAGGCAAUUGAAACAACUAGUCCAACUCCAACAGCAGCUGUACAUGGAUUAAUCGAAGGAAACGAAUACCAAUUCCGUGUAAUUGCUGUUAAUAAGGCUGGUCAAAGUGCACCUUCCGAUGCUAGCAAGUCCUUCAUUGCUAAACCAAGAUUCUUGGCUCCCAAGAUUGACAGACGUCACUUGCACGAUGUCACCUUGUCCGCCGGAUCUGCCCUCAAAUUUGAGGCUAACAUUAUUGGUGAACCUCCACCGACUGUUGACUGGCGUUACAACGGUGGUUCUAUCAAGGAUAACCGUGCUACAAUCGACAAUGUCGAUUACUUCACCAAAUUCGCCAUGCGUCCCGUUAAGCGCGAUGACACUGGUCAAUACACAGUUAUUGCAACCAACAGCUCUGGCAAAGACCAGCACACCAUCAAUGUCACAGUCACAGAUAAGCCAACACCUCCAGAAGGACCAUUGCAAAUCUCUGACAUCAACAAAAACGGAUGCAAACUCAAAUGGAAGAGGCCAAAAGACGAUGGUGGUACUCCAAUCGAAUACUACCAAGUCGACAAAAUGGACCCAGAGACUGGUUGCUGGGUACCAUGCGGCAGGGCCAACGAACCCAACUUCGAAGUCACUGGCCUAACUCCUGGACAUGAAUACAAGUUCAGAGUAGCUGCCGUAAAUGCCGAGGGUGAAUCUAAACCACUCGAAGCUGAAGAGACCAUUGUGGCCAAGAAUCCAUUCGACGAACCUGGACCGCCAGGACACCUCAAGGCAACCGACUGGGACAAGGACCACGUAGACCUGGCUUGGUCUCCACCCAAGGAUGAUGGUGGCUCUCCAAUCACAGGCUACAUCAUCGAAAAGAAAGACAAAUUCGGCGAUUGGGAGAAAGCUCUCGAAGUACCAGUUGACCAACUUAAAGCUACAGUACCCGACCUCAUUGAAGGUCAACCCUACCAAUUCCGUGUACGUGCAGUUAACGCUGCAGGCCCCGGAGACGCCAGCAAUGAAACACCAACCAUCAUUGCCAAGUCUAGGAACCAAGCUCCUAAGAUUGACCGCACCAACUUGAUCGAAGUCCGUAUUAAGGCUGGAGCACCAUUCAGCUUUGAUGUUAAAGUCAGUGGUGAACCUGUACCAACCACCAAAUGGUUAUUGAAGGGCAAAGAAGUCAAAUCUGCUGAUGGAGUUAAAGUCCAACAUGCCGAUUACAACACCAAACUUAAGGUUGGAAACGCUACUCGUGCUGACUCUGGUACUUAUACCAUCAGAGCAGAAAACGCUAACGGCACAGACAUUGCUGAAGUUGAAGUAACAGUAUUAGAUGUACCUAGCCCACCAGGAGGACCACUCAAGGUAUCCGAUGUUCACGCCAAUGGAUGCAAACUUAACUGGCGUCCACCAGCAGAUGAUGGUGGUCAACCUGUUGAAUGCUACCUCGUUGAGAAAAUGGAUGAGGCUAGCGGUAGAUGGGUACCAGUUGGAGAAACUAUCGGACCAGAAACUAAUAUGACCGUAGAUGGCCUUGUGCCCGGCAAGAAAUACAAAUUCAGAGUGCGUGCUCAAAACAGGCAAGGCAAAUCAGAGCCUCUUACCACCGCUCAAGCUAUCGAAGCUAAGAAUCCAUUCGAUGAGCCUGGCAAGACCUCUGCUCCUGAAAUUAUUGACUACGACAAAGACUUCGUCGAACUUCAAUGGAAAGAACCAGAAACUGACGGUGGCUCUCCAAUUACUGGAUACGUCAUCGAAAAGAGAGAUAAAUACAACCCCAACUGGGAAAAGUGCGCUGAAGUUGAGGGUAAUGUCACUAAAGGCAAAGUUCCAGACCUCAUCGAAGGUACUCCUUAUGAAUUCCGUAUAAGAGCCGUCAACAAGGCUGGACCUGGUGAAGCUAGUGAUGCAUCUAAAGUUCACGUUGCCAGGCCAAAGAACCUUGCUCCCAAAAUUGACAGAAACCAUCUCUUGGACCUUAAAGUUAAGGCUGGAGGUACCAUUGAAUUCAAUGUCCCAGUUAUUGGUGAACCACCACCGUCCAAGGAAUGGAAACACAAAGAAGAUAUCCUCUUUAGUGGAGACCGUUGCAAGAUCAACAAUGAAGACUACAAAACUCACAUCAAGAUUACUGAUGCUAAACGUAGUGACAGUGGAGUUUACACUCUUAUUGCCAAGAAUAUCAACGGCAAGGAUGAAGCCACAGUCAACGUAACUGUGCUCGAUGUACCCACUCCACCUGAAGGUCCACUUAGGGCGGACAAUGUCACGAAGAACUCACUUACACUUCGCUGGAAACCACCCAAGGAUGAUGGUGGUUCUGAAAUCACUCAUUACGCUGUAGAAAAACUGGACACAGAAAACAUGAGGUGGGUUCCAGUUGGAGACGCAAUCGGAACAAGCAUGCGCGUGGACCAUUUGCAGGAAGGUCACGAUUAUCAAUUCCGUGUCCGCGCUUGCAACAAACAAGGAGAGUCAACUCCUCUUACAACCACUGAAGCUAUCACAGCUAAGGAUCCAUUCACCAAGCCUGACAGGCCAGGAGCACCUGUUGCUACUGACUGGGACAGAGACCACGUUGAUCUUGAAUGGACCGCUCCCAAGAAGGACGGUGGUGCACCAAUUGAAAAAUACAUCAUUGAAAAGAGACCUAAACAUGGAACAUGGGAAAAAGCUUGUGAAAUUCCUGGAGACAAAACAAAGGGAACAGUACCAAAUUUGACUGAAGGAGAAGAAUAUGAAUUCAGAGUAAUUGCUGUCAACAAAGGAGGUCCAAGUGACCCAAGUGAAGCUUCUGCUCCAGUUAUUGCCAAGCCCAGAUUCCUGGCACCCAACUUCAACAAGAACUUACUCGAAGAUAUUACAGUCAAAGCUGGUCAACGCUUUGGCUGGACCAUUCCAAUCGAAGCUUCGCCUAAACCAACGGCUAAAUGGACCGUUAAUGGCAAAGAAAUUAAACCAAGCGACAGAGUUGAUAUGGCCGUAUACAACAACAAAGUAUCAUUCGAUAUUUCUUCCUCUUUGAGAUCUGAUGCUGGAAGAUACACGUUGACUUUGACUAACGAUCUGGGCAGCUUCAGCGCUUCAGCUCAAGUAACGGUUCUCGACAAACCAGGACCACCACAACCACCAUUAGAUGUUAGUUGUGUGACCAAGGAAAGCGCAAGAAUUGCCUGGAAACCACCACUAGACGAUGGUGGCUCUCCAAUUCUCCACUACAUUGUCGAAAAGAUGGACGUAACCCGUGGCACCUGGUCUGACGCCGGUAUGGCCACCAUUACCUCCCAUGAUAUUACCAGACUCAUCCACAAGAAGGAAUACUUCUUCCGUGUUAAGGCAGUUAACGCUGUUGGUGAAUCAGAACCUCUUGAGACACCAAGAAGCAUAAUUGCCAAGAAUGAAUUUGAUGAACCAUCUGCUCCCGGCAAACCCCAAGUUAAAGACUGGGAUAAGGACCACGUUGACCUUGAAUGGAGUCCACCAACCAACGACGGUGGUUCUCCAAUUACUGGCUACAUUAUCCAAAAGAAAGAAAAGGGUAGUCCCUACUGGACCAAUGCAGUACAUGUACCUGCAAGAAAGAAUAGUGCUACAGUACCUGAUUUAACAGAAGGACAAGAAUAUGAAUUUAGAGUAAUCGCUACUAACACAGCUGGUCAGAGCGAACCCUCUGAACCAUCUGAUCUUGUUACCGCUAAAGCCAGAUUCUUGGCUCCUAAGAUUAAGACACCGCUUAACGAUAUUCGUAUUAAGGCUGGACUCAUUUUGCAUAUCGACAUCGAUUUCAUUGGUGAACCAACUCCCGAGGCAACAUGGACUGUUGGAAGCAGGGACUUGGUUCCAACCGAUCGUACCACGGUAACAUCGAUCGGUUAUCACACUACCAUUCAUACUGUUAAUGCUAAGCGCAGCGACAGUGGCUUAUACCAUCUUCUCAUCAAGAAUAACUCUGGAAUUGAUGAAGGAUCCUUCCAAGUUAUUGUUUUAGAUCGCCCUGAUGCUCCUGAAGGCCCAUUGGAAUAUGAGGAAGUAACUGCACAAAGUGUAACACUUUCUUGGAAACCACCUAAAGAUAAUGGUGGAAGUGAACUUACAGGCUAUGUAAUUGAAAAGAGAGAUUUGACCCAUGGAGGUGGCUGGGUUCCAGCUGUUAACUAUGUGAAUCCCAAAUACAACCAUGCCAUUGUACCAAGAUUGAUUGAAGGCACAAAAUACGAAUUCAGAGUAUUUGCUGAAAAUCUUCAAGGAAGAUCCGAGCCAUUGGAGACUUCCAAACCAGUUGUUGCUAAGAAUCAAUAUGAUGUUCCUGGUAAACCAGGCAAACCAGAACUGGUUGAUAGUGACAAGGACCACAUUAAGAUUAAAUGGCAAGCACCAAUCAGCAACGGUGGAUCACCAAUUGUUGGUUAUGAUGUUGAAAGAAGAGAUCGUGCUACUGGAAGAUGGGUUAAACUUAACAAAGAACCCACCAGAAAUAUGGAAUAUUAUGAUGAUCGUGUACAAGAAGGUCACCAAUAUGAAUACAGAGUUUCUGCAGUAAAUGCUGCUGGCCCUGGCAAACCUAGUGAUGCUUCCAAUGUCUUCAUUGCCAAACCAAUGAAAGAAAAACCAAAACUAUGGUUGGAUGGAAUUAUUGGUCGCAAGAUCAAAGUACGUGCUGGUGAACCAAUUAAUAUUGACAUUCCACUAUCUGGAGCUCCUGCUCCUAAAGUAGAAUGGUUCAAGAACAAAAUCUCUGUACCUGAAUCCAACAGAGUUUACAGCGAAACAACCAGCGAACACACCAGGUUCCGUGUUGAAGUUUCCAACAGAGACGAUUCAGGCACCUACACAGUACGUGCCAAGAACGAAUAUGGAUCCGACGAAGCUGACAUUGAAGUUAUCGUCGUUGACAAGCCCGGUAUUCCUAAAGGACCACUUCAAUACACUGAAACAACCCAAGAUACCGUAUCGCUUUCUUGGAAUCCACCAUCCGACGAUGGUGGCGGUGAUAUCACCGGAUACAUCGUGGAAGUUAGCGAAUACGGCACAGACAUGUGGCGCCCAUGCCCAGGCUAUUGCCCAAGGACAUCAUUCACUGCCCGUGGAUUGCAGGAAGGCAAGAAAUACGUGUUCCGCGUACGUGCAGAAAACAUCUAUGGUGUCUCUGAACCAUUGGAAGGCAAACCCGUCAUUGCCAAGAGUCCAUUCGAUCCUCCAGGUGCCCCCAGCCAACCAGAAGUCACUGGUUACACUCCAUCAUCUUGCUCCCUCAAAUGGAACCCACCAACUUCCACUGGAGGCAAACCAAUCACUGGAUACAUUGUUGAGAAACGUGAACGUGGAGGAGAUUGGGUUAAGGUUAACAACUACCCAACACCCAACACUCAAUACACCGUCCAAGAUCUUAGAGAAGGCAAUAAAUACGAGUUCCGUGUUAUUGCAGUUAACGAAGCUGGACCUGGUGAGCCAAGCAGACCUACUGAACCUAUUGUUGCUGGACACCAAAGAUUUAAACCUGACACUCCUGAGCCACCAAAGGCGGACAGAAUUACCAAAGAUAGCGUCACCCUUUCAUGGAGACCACCAAGAAGUGACGGUGGAUCCAAACUCAGAGGUUACAUCCUUGAACAACGUCCAAAGGGUAAAGACGACUGGACUCCAGUCAACUCCAUUCCAAUUACCGAUACUGUAUACACCGUACCUAAACUCAAGGAAGGAGAAGAAUACCAAUUCAGACUUAUUGCUGUUAACGAUGUUGGACCGUCUGACCCAAGCAGACCAAGCAAUCCAAUUAUUAUUGAAGAACAACCCAAUAAGCCCUGCAUGGACUUGGGAGGUGUUCGUGACAUUACUGUACGUGCUGGUGAAGAUUUCAGCAUCCACGUACCAUACGUUGGAUUCCCCAAACCAACCGCAUCCUGGUUUGCAAAUGAUAAACUUCUUGAUGAAUCCGAUAGCAGAGUAUUCCCACAACUUGCUGAUGACUACGCAAGUAUCAUCGUAAAGAACUCCAAACGCACGGAUAGCGGACAAUACAGACUCCAACUUAAGAACCCAUCAGGUUUUGAUACUGCCACCAUCAACGUUAAAGUACUUGAUAGACCUGGCAAACCUGAGAACCUCAGAGCUGAUGAAUUUGCUGGUGAUGCUCUUACUUUGUACUGGCAACCACCUAAAGAUAACGGUGGUGCCGACAUUACCAACUACGUCAUUGAAAAGAAGGAAGCCAGAUCUCCAACAUGGACUAAGGUGAGCAGCUACGUCACAGUACCAUUCGUACGCAUUCGUAACUUGACCCUUGGAAAAGAAUACGAGUUCAGAGUAUUUGCCGAAAACCAAUACGGCCAAUCUGAGCCAGCUGUCACAUCAGAACCAAUCCGUGCCAGACAUCCAUUCGAUCCACCAGGAGCGCCUGGAGUACCUAGAGGUGUUGAAACCACCGAAGACUCCAUCACUAUUACCUGGGCUAAACCACGUCACGAUGGUGGUUCUCCAAUCACCGGUUAUGUGGUUGAGAAACGUCUUAUUACUGAAGACAAAUGGACCAAAGCUGCCCAUGCUAUUGUACCUGACACCACACUUAAGUGCAUCAACUUGAUUGAAAACCACGAAUAUGAAUUCAGAGUAGCAGCCGUCAAUGCUGCUGGUCAAGGCCCAUGGAGUUCAGCUUCUGAUGCUAUCUGCGCCAGAGCUGCCCCACAUGCUCCUAAGAUCACAUCUGACUUGAGCAUACGCGAUAUGAUUGUUAUUGCUGGUGAAGAAUUCAAGAUUACCGUUCCAUACACUGCUUCACCUAAACCUAGAGAAACCUGGACCAUUAACGGAGAAGAAAUUCUUCCUGAUGACAGAAUUAAGACAGAAACUACUGAUAUUGCUUCUAUAUUCUUGAACAAGAAGGCUAAGCGUUCUGACACUGGCAGUUACACCAUUAAAUUAACCAACAAUGUUGGAUCUGAUUCUGCCACUUGCAAAGUACUUGUUGUAGACAGGCCACAACCACCACAAGGACCACUUGAUAUUUCUGAUGUUACUCCAGACAACUGUUCUCUGGCAUGGAGACCACCAUUGGAUGAUGGUGGAUCACCAAUCACGAACUACAUCGUCGAGAAACUCGACACUAACGGCAUCUGGACUAAAUGCAGCAGUUUCGUACGCAAUACUCACUAUGACGUGAUGAGUUUGGAACCCAACCGCAAAUACAGCUUCAGAAUUCGUGCUGAAAAUCAAUACGGCAUCAGUGAACCUCUUGAAAGCAGUGAACCAGUCAUUGCCAAGUAUCCAUUCACUGUACCAGAACCACCAAGUGCCCCACGUGUUACUGACUGGGACUCCAGCACUAUUUACUUGUCAUGGGACAGACCUACCAACGAUGGAGGCUCCAGAAUCCAAGGUUACAAACUUGAAUACCGUGAUGUUGCCCACGAUGCUCACUGGAUCAGUGCCAGUGACUAUCUUAUCAAGGAUACUCACUUCGAUUUGUACAACAUGAUCACCGGACAAGAAUACGAAUUCAGAGUACGUGCUAAGAACGCAGCUGGAUUCAGCAAACCAUCAGCUUCCUCGAGCAGAUUCAAGCUCAAGGGUAAAUUCAACGUACCUAGUGCUCCACAAAAUCCCAAGGUUGUCAAGGUCGGCAAAGGUUACGUUGAUCUCACCUGGGAACCACCAACCAACGAUGGUGGAUCAAGAAUUACCGGAUAUAUUAUUGAAAAGAGAGAAAUUGGAAGCCCCUUGUGGACUAAAUGCAAUGAUUACAACGUCACUGAUACAAAUUACACUGCUCUUAACCUUACCGAUGGUUCUGACUACGAAUUCAGAAUUUAUGCUCUUAACGCUGCUGGAAGAAGUGACGCAAGCAACGUUACCACCCCAGUUAAAAUCUGCGAAGUUCUGGGAGGACAGAAACCAGAAUGGCUUCGUCCACUUAACAACACCGCUGGUCCUCUCGGAAAAACCGGAAUUUUGGAAUGUGAGGCUUAUGGUAAACCAGAACCUACCUUCCGCUGGUUGAGAAACGGCCGUGAAAUCAACAUCAGCGGCAGAUUCCGCACUGAAUCCAAAGAUGGAGUUGCACGCUUGUACAUCCAAGACCUCCUCGACAUCGAUGAUGGCGAUUACACCUGUGAGGCAAGCAACACUCUGGGAUCAAUCACAACCACUGCUAGACUUAAGAUUGGAACGCCUCCAAGGAUUGACCGUCUUCCUGGUGACUUAUACUUACCAGAAGGUGAUAACACCAAGAUCAAGAUCUUCUACACUGGAGACCAACCACUUGACGUUACUCUUACAAAGAACGGCAGGCAAAUCGACGAAUCUGGACACCUUAAAUACACCGUCUUCGAUGACUACAUUAUCAUCUUCAUUAGAGGCAUCCAAAAGGAUGAUGCUGGCACCUACAAUCUUACUGUUAAGAAUGACAGUGGUAGCGCAUCUGGAAGCUUUACCGUAUAUAUCACCGGACUGCCUGGACCACCAACUGGACCAUUGGAAACCACAGAUAUCACUAAACACACCUGCACACUCGGCUGGAAACCACCAAGCUACGAUGGUGGCUUGCGUGUAACACACUACGUUGUUGAAAGGAAAGAUGUUACUCUGUCUCACUGGAUAACCGUCUCCAGCUCCUGCAAAGACACUACAUUCACUGUUCAAGGUCUUACAGAAGGACAAGAAUAUUUGUUCAGAGUUAUGGCUGUAAAUGAUAACGGUAUGGGACCACCACUUGAAGGAGUCAAUCCAAUCAAGGCCAAAGCACCAUUCGACAGACCAUCACCACCUGGUGUUCCUAAAGUUACUCAAGUUGGAGGAGACUUUGUUAACCUCGAAUGGACCAAACCAGAAAAUGACGGAGGCGCUCGCAUCCAAGGCUACUGGGUGGACAAACGUGAAGUUGGCAGCCAAGCCUGGCAGAGAGUCAAUGUAUCCAUAUGCCUACCAACUCAGAUUAACAUUUCUAACCUUAUUGAAGGCCGUCAAUACGAGUUCAGAGUGUUCGCACAGAACGCCGCUGGUAUCUCUGAACCAUCAUCCAACUCUACAUCUGUAGUUGUUAAGGACCCACUUGCCCCAACUCCACCAGAAAUUAUCAAACCAUUGAAGAAUGCCCAAUGCAUCCAAAAUCACAACGCCAAAUUCGAAUGCACAAUUACUGGUGUACCAGCACCCAACAUCACAUGGUACAAGGGAGCGAGAGAAAUCACUAAUGGUUCCAGAUAUCACAUUUACAGCGAAGGAGAUGUCCAUCACCUCGUUAUUCACGACAUAUUCGGUGAAGAUGCUGACGAAUAUGUCUGCAGAGCCGUCAACAAGGCUGGAGUCAAAUCCACUCGCGCUGAACUUUUGAUAAUGACUGCACCUAAACUUAACAUUCCACCACGAUUCCGUGAUUCCGCAUACUUCGACAAAGGUGAAAAUGUUGUUAUUAAAAUUCCAUUCACUGGCUUCCCAAGACCGAAGAUCACAUGGGUGAGAGAAGGUGAAGUCAUCGAGUCUGGUGGCCACUACCACGUGGAAGUUAAGGAUAGACACGCCAUUCUCACCAUCAGAGAUGCAAGCAAAUUGGACAGCGGUCCGUACAGGAUUACCGCCGAAAACGAACUUGGACAAGACACUGCCAUUAUUAAGAUUCAAAUCGCUGACAGACCAGAUCCACCAAGAUUCCCAGCUGUUGACAACAUUGGAACAGAUUCUCUUGCCUUGUCAUGGAAGGCACCUGUAUGGGACGGAGGCAGUAACAUCACUAACUACAUGGUUGAAAGACGUGAACAUCCUUUGUCUACCUGGAUUAGAGUAGGAAACACUAGAAUGACCACCAUGGCAGUUAGUGGACUGACCCCAGGACACCAAUACGAAUUCAGAGUAUACGCCGAGAACAUCUACGGACGUUCCGACCCAUCAGAAGUCAGUACCCUUGUAGCCACUAAGGAUACCGGCAAGAAGAUUGUACCAAAGAGGAAAUACGAACUUGACGAAAACGGCAAGAAGAUCCGUGAAUCACACAAGGAACCAGUUAAAGACUACGACCAAUACGUAUUUGACAUUUUCUCCAAAUACGUACCACAACCAGUCGAAAUCAAGAACAGAAGUGUUUACGAUGACUAUGACAUUCUUGAAGAAAUUGGCACUGGAGCAUUUGGUGUUGUCCACCGUUGCCGCGAACGCAAGACUGGAAACAUAUUCGCCGCCAAAUUCAUCCCAGUAUCUCACGCCAUGGAGAAGGAACUUAUCCGCAAAGAAAUUGACAUCAUGAACCAACUCCACCAUCCUAAACUCAUCAACUUGCACGACGCCUUCGAAGAUGAUGACGAAAUGGUGCUCAUCUACGAAUUCUUAUCUGGAGGAGAACUCUUCGAACGUAUCACAGCUGAAGGCUAUCAAAUGUCCGAAGCUGAAGUUAUCAACUACAUGAGACAGAUCUGUGAAGCUAUUAAACAUAUGCACGAGAAGAACAUCAUCCACCUUGACAUUAAACCAGAGAACAUCAUGUGCCAGACUCGCAGAGGUACCAACAUCAAAUUGAUUGACUUCGGACUGGCCACUAAGCUGGAUCCUAAUGAAGUCGUCAAGAUUUCCACUGGAACUGCCGAAUUCGCCGCACCAGAAAUCGUCGAAAGGGAACCAGUCGGCUUCUACACAGACAUGUGGGCCGUUGGUGUUUUAGCAUAUGUACUAUUAAGUGGAUUAUCACCAUUCGCUGGUGAAAAUGAUAUUGAAACAUUAAAGAAUGUUAAGGCUUGUGAUUGGGACUUCGAUGAAGAAGCAUUUACACAUGUUUCCGAUGAAGGAAAAGACUUUAUCCGUAGAUUAUUGCUCAAGAAUAAAGAAAAACGUAUGACUGCUCAAGAGUGUUUGUUACAUGCAUGGCUUAGUGGUGAUCACAGUGAGAGAAGAGAAAUCAUUGAUCAAUCUAGGUACCUCAGAUUGCGUGACAAGAUUCGUUCUAAAUACGACAACUGGGAUUCAUAUGCUCUUCCUCUUGGAAGAUUGUCUGAAUAUUCUUCGUUACGUAAACUGUUGAUCGACAAAUACAGAAUUCACGACACAUUCUUUGACCGCAGACAGGCCGCACCAAGAUUCGUAAUCAAACCACAAAGUGCAUUCUGUUACGAAGGACAGAGUGUCAAAUUCUACUGCAGAGUAAUUGGCUGUGCUCCACCAACUCUCAGUUGGUACCAUAACAACAGUGAACUCAGACAGAGCGUCAAAUUUAUGAAGAGGUACGUCGGAGACGACUACUACUUCAUCAUCAAUAGGGCCAAAUUGCAAGAUAGAGGAGAAUAUAUCAUCAGAGCAGAAAACCAUUAUGGAUCAAGAGAAGAAGUUGUCUUCCUUAAUGUCCAACCAUUGCCCAGGGUUGUUCCAGAAUACAAACCUGAAGCCCAAAUCGUCAGAAGGCGUGAACCACUUCCAUACACCUUCUGGCAAGAAGAACAAGAGUGUGCACCCAGCUUCACAUUCUUACUCAGACCUCGUGUUAUGCAGGAACGUGAUACUUGUAAAUUGUUGUGUUGUCUUAGCGGUAGACCAUUCCCAACAGUUAAAUGGUACAAAGACAAACGUGAACUUAGCAAAUAUGAAUAUUCUAUGUCGCAUUCUGAUGGUGUGAUAACCAUGGAAAUUGUCGGAUGUCGUCCAUCCGACUCAGGAAAAUACACUUGCGUAGCGACCAAUCCUCACGGCCAAGAUGAAACGUCUUGUGUCGUCAUUGUGGAAGGAGAAACAAGCACUGAAGAACAAACUAGAUUAGCACAAAAACUUUUGUAUUCUGGUGAUAGGAAAUACAUAGAACAACCUAUUAAACCAGCACCUAUUCCAAUAACAAUUAAGAAACCCGUUCCAGUUUCAAACAACCCCACACCAUCAUCGAACCCGCCUCAGAGGCCUACUACUCUGGCGCACUCCGGUAGCAAUUUAAGUGUUGAUGGCGACAAACGUUCUCCCAGGAAAUACGGACGAUUGGACUCCACAGGAAGUCCAAACAGAUCUAGGAGUGCCACUAAAGAACUUGCACUUCCAGCUGAUGAUUCCACUAUGUGCGGUCCAACUUUCACCAAGACUUUGUCCGAUUUAACCAUCAAUGAUGGAGAUAGUUUAACCCUGACAGCUCACGUUAAAGGAGAUCCAGACCCACAAAUUGUGUGGACCAAAAACGGCAAACCAUUGAGUUCCUCUGAAGUAGUAGAUUUGAAAUACAAGAACGGUAUUGCCAAGUUACAUAUUAAUGAAGUAUACCCUGAAGAUGAAGGAGAAUAUGUUUGCAAGGCCACCAACUCUGUUGGUAAUGCUGAGACUAAAUGCAAACUGACUGUAAAACCAAUGAGCAACGCCACUAAUGGCAAGAAGAAGGGAUCAGAAGAUAAACCACCAAGGAUAGUGAGUCACUUGCAAUCAGGAUUCGUGAAAGAUGGCGAACCAGUGACACUAUCAUGUCGUAUUAUCGGUGCAGAGAAAUUCGACGUAAUUUGGCUGCACAACAACAAAGAAAUAAAGCCCAGCAAAGACUUCCAGUACACGAACGAAGCGAACAUAUACAAAUUACAAAUCGCCGAAAUCUUCCCAGAAGAUUCGGGCGCCUACACAUGCGAAGCCUUCAACGAUGCCGGAGAAAGCUUCAGCAGCUGUACCUUGAACGUAAUGGUGCCCGGCGAACAACCAAAGAGCCCUGUGUUUAAAACAUUCCCGGUUUCUGCUACGGUGUCGGAAGGGGAAUCCGCAACAUUCGAAGCCGAAACAGAAGAUGAACCUUUACAAAUUAAAUGGCUUAAAGACGGAAAACCAAUAAAAGAAACUAGUGCCAAAUAUAAAUUCACAGCCGACGGCAAACGUUACACCUUGGAAAUCGUAUCAUGCGACUCGAACGACGUCGGCCAAUAUCAAGCCAAAGCUAUCGGAAAGAAAGGAGAGACUUUCGCUGCCUUCUCCCUGAAUGUAGUACCAUCGGGCGAGCUCUAGAGCUCUAGCUCUGACUAAUUUUUAAUUACGCUCACAAACGAUCGACUACGACUUGCUCCAACUUGUACUAAAUACUUGUAUCAUAUGUUUAUGUAUAAUAUGUAUUUAUAAGUGUUUAUUUUUUAUCAAGCGGCCAGAGAAGUGGCCAGCAUAAGGACGCUGCUUGUCUCGCCUACAGCAUCCUCAAACUUUACCAUCUAACGUGUGGACGAAACAACCAGUAACUUAUGCUCAGACACUUCUCGUCCAACGAUCCACAAUUGCAUUACCGCUCAUUUUGAUUUCGAUUUUCAUUUGUUUACUCAUUUCUCACAUGCGAACACGGAGCAGAAUUGUCGAAAUUUAGUUUAACGGUAUGAAAAGAGAUUAUUUAUUGAGAUUAUUUAUUUUAUUUAGUGUGAAAGUGCUUAAGCCAUCUUUUCAUUAUGCCAUCUUUGUUCAUUAUUUAAGUUUUCAUAAUGCAUUAUAUGCUUUUGCAAAGCCGAACCAAAUUAUGUCAUACUAUGUAAAAAUAAAAAAUAUAUUUAAUUUUUAAUAAA